UCGUAAUAUUUCCCAACUGAAUUCCACGUUAACUCGCUCUUCGGCGAACUAUACUUCGGGCAAAACAAUUAACCGGUUAGUGCUAUUGCUUUCAAGUGAAAAAUUGGACUGGAAAAAAAUGGCCCGGCUAAGGACGAAGAACAUGUACGUCUUUGUUCCGUUAUUUUUCGUUCUGAUUACCUCUCCUCUAACGUCAACAUCGCACAUCACGUUGACCACCGAUGGCUAUCAAAACGUAGUGGUUGCUAUCGACGAGAAUUCCGGAUUCACCAGUUGUCAGGAAGACUUGGAGAACAUCAAAGAAUUGAUGCGGAGCACUUCCGUCAGCUUCGGUCAAGGUCUCGAACGUCCGGCUUACUUUGGUGAUGUCACGAUUGUUUUGCCCAAUUCUUGGGUUAGCGAUCCGAUUUGUUCCAUGCUGAUGACGAUGUCCAACAUCACACAGUUGCCUUGGGCUAGGACUCACAGUGCGGAUAUACGAAUCACGCCGGAUCAUCCGGUAUUUGGUAAUCAACCUCAUUCAUUCCAAUAUGGAGGAUGUCAAGAACCUGGCUUGUCUAUCAAUGUUCCAUCGACGUUCGUCUCCAACUUCACUGACCUGAUGAAAGCGAGAAUUAUGGCCCGUGAGUGGGCUCAUUAUCGUUACGGUGUUUUCGACGAGGGUGGCAUACCGGAUGAUGAGCGCCAUCCCUCUGGCUACAUGAUGUUCCAGACUGAAAAUUCCGAUAAAGUCAUGCGUGCCAAUACUUGCACCGGAGGCAAAACGCCGAGGGGAGAAUGGAAUAAUGAGGAAUGCAAAUCGACCAAUUCGGGAAAUUCGAGCUGCGAGUUCCAGCCUGAUGUUGACAAUCCAGAUAUCACGUCUUCGUUGAUGUACCGGCCGGAUCUGGAUCACAUGGAAAAGUUUUGCACGAAGGAAAAUCAUGAUGAUGGCGUGCCGAGUAAAUUGAGUUACCACUGCGGCAGUCUCAGUGCGUCAGAUGUUAUCUACAAACACCUAGAUUUCACACCGGGAGUCACGCCCGCCAAUGCCUCAGCAGAAAUUACAUUCAACGUAAUACAGAAUCCGUUCAGCGGUUAUCACGUCGUCCUUGACAUCGCCUCUUUCAGCAGUAAACAAUUGUUUGACCAAGCAAAGAAUUCUCUUAUGCAAUUCAUCGCUUUCCUAUUGGAUCCUGUCUUAAUGUCCAUCGACACGUACGAUGGUGUCAAUGUCGUCGAAUUGCAAUCGCCUCUUUACUUGGAUCCGAGGACGAUCCGCACUCUGUUAGGGAAACUGGAACGUGUUGGAUAUGCCACUGGCAGUCCAAAUGCCUUCGGUAUUGCCCUCGAAAGAGCACAAACGAGAUCGAGUUUCGGACAGGACGUCAUCAUUCUGACUGCAGUACAAACUAUACCAGAUAUGACCGACUGGAUCACGUCCUACAAUGAAAAUAAAGUGAUUGUCCAUCUUGUCCAUUUCGGCGUAUCGACAGCCAAAGUGGAAAUGGCCCAGCUGGUCCGCUACGGUAGCGUGCACGUCAUCCCGAACGUUGCCAACAGCAACCUGAUGAAUCCGUACACCUGGUCCGUGAACACAUUGCAAUCAAUCUACGGAAAGACUAGAAGCUAUCGUGCCAAAAUUUUCGAGCAAUCCGUUAUUAAGAUUAAUGAAACCGAUACGAUUAAAACGGGAUAUUUCUACCUGGACAGCCCGGCAUCCCAUUUGCUAGUUUCGGUCUAUUGUCUAAACACUGAUCAACAAUUGGACGUCGAUUACGUCAGUAUCUUUCAACCGGACGGAUAUCCAGUGCGGAAUGAAACUACCAAAAAUGACACAUUCGCGGUCGAAGAUUUCUAUUCAUUUGUAGUUGGACGAUAUCCUGUGGCAACACUCCCAGCGGGAAUGUGGAGUUAUACAAUUACAUUUGAUGAAAAAAUAUUUACCGAGCCGAUAGUGCAUCGACUAGACAUUUGGGCUGAAGCAGCCGAUUCGUCUCAAGUGCAGGUGCGAACCUGGAACACCGCCCUAGAUAACCAGCCGUUAGAUUACACCAAAGCGCCCGUAGGCCUUUACGCCCAGGUGACGCAAGAUAGAAGACCAGUACGGGGAGCCAACGUCACUGCCUAUGUUUACGUCACUGAUGGAGUAACAUCGAAUCUGUUUACCACACUCCCAUUACUAGACGAAGGCAUUUCAGAUGUGACAACCGGCGAUGGAAUCUACUCCGCCUGGCUGACCACUCCGUCUUAUACGUCACAUAGCUAUUCCGUCUACUACAAGGCUUACGGGGUCAACAGUUUGGCUGUCAUAGACAACGGAACGUACACCAGGCCGCCCACGACGGGCAGCGUCAUCCCAAUGUCGAAUCCCGUCGCAACUGGCCCUCAAUUCAAUCGUUACGAGUACGGAUCCAGUUUCCAAUUGGCAGCUUUGUUAUCGAGCAGCUUCGACCUGAUCCGGCCCGAACGCGUCACUGAUCUCAGCGUCCUCUCUUAUGACGCGUCAUCCAGGAUUGCCGAAUUGGGCUGGACUGCGCCAAAAGAUAAUUACGGAAGCGGAGAAAUCGUUACGAGAUUUAGAUUGUAUCAGUCCAUCGGUUCAGCUGAAUCCAAUUACACGGAAUUCACUACACCCGUCAACGCGGACGGAUCAGUUAAUUUAACUGUCCAAGUGCCUCAUCUCCAGGACGGUGAAUACGUCAAAUAUCGAGUCGUUGGUAAAGAUUCUUCAAACAACAUGGCAGACCCAUCAAAUGUCGUUUCAAUGGCCGGUCCGGUACUUCGAACCGGAGGCAUUUCAAAUUCCGCCAUGUGGGCUUUAAUCGGCGUCGCUAUCGCAAUCCUUGUCAUCAUCCUCAUUAUCGUCCUAAUCCGUUGUUGUUGUCCAGUCGAAGCUAAACGAAGACAGAGACAAGCCAAACGUAAAGUGCGUCAAUGGUUUUCAUUUGGGGACAAAACGGCCAAACGGACGGACACGGCGCCAUCUACCAGGUACCAAUCGCCUCCGCCAACGAUCCAACAAUGGAACUCACCGACCAUUAACCAAGACGGCGAAUCGCCAGCUGUUAGGAGCGGGAGUGACGCAUCAACGACCCCCCAACCUGAAGUGGAACUUCGUCAGAAAACAGCUGCUCCUGCCAGGACAUCCACUUACGGCUCUGAACGCAUUUACUUUGGUCAAGAAGACAUUGACAGGAUGGUCUCAGGUCCUCGUAGCGAAACCUAUUCAGAAAAAGGCACAGAAGAGAUAAUUAAACGGGCGCCUUCCAUGGACCUUCAAUUGGCCACUAUUUUGCGAAUGAACAGCAGCAAUUUCUCCAUCGAUCGUUUGGGACGCGAUGAAAAAGACCCUAAUUCAAGGCCAACGGAGGUAAUAAGACCAAGAGUUUACGCUCGGCCGUUCAAACCCAAUCAACCUGCAAACAGACCAACGAGCAAUCAGCCGGCCAGCAGGGGUUACCCGUACAACGCGAACAAACCUCUUUCCAUGUCCGAGACUAAUUUGUACUACACCGACGUCGCACUCCGUCCACCCGUUGCCCAGUCAACUAAAUCAUCACCCAGCAAUUCUUACCUGUCCGUCUACGCCGAGCAGAGGGCCGAUGUAGUCCCACAACCUUCGGGGCAGUCCAGCUUGGCCAAUACGCUGCGAAACGGAAUGAGGGGCAACGAACAAUGGCAGGAUUCCAACAGUUUCAUUUACACCGAUCCUCGACUCGACGGUCAAUCCAAAGGUUCAAGCAGCUUUGAUCCGCAAUUGCAUCCGGCCAACCAAAACGGACUUCCACCGCCUUUGCCAUCCGUACCACCGCCAUUUCCUCCUCGAAUGACUUACAAUAUUGAUAUGGGCUACGAUGGGACUACCGGUACAGCCAUGUGGCUGUCGAUCGUAACGAUGCGGACCAACAAGCGAUGAGCAGGUCGUCUAGCAAACCAUCUUUAGUUUCGGCCGUCUAAACAUCUUUGGUUUUUACCUAUUCAUUAAGUUGGAAAUAAUUCAAUUUCACAUAUAAUUUUGUUAUCAAAAUAAUUACAUUCUUACCGUAUAGCACAUCCCCCAACCUGCAUAAUUAACAAUUAUAAUCAAUUCCUUAACUAAAUCGGGAAAUAAACACAAUUUUUGUUUUCUUGGAAA